AUGUGUUACCCAAAAAAUGAAAACGAACGUAGCACAGAAGGUCAACUGGCAGAAAAUAUAGAAAGUGCCCACAUGUUAAAGAAAGAGCUUAGUGAAUUGUACACCGACGAAGGUUACCAACAUUGCGAAAAGACUCAACCGGAAAAUACCUCUCAUUUUGUUAGCAGUGGAAGUGCCAAGAAAAAACGAGAAACUGCCAAAGGAAAGCAUAACCCUGAAGGAAUUCACAAAAAUGUAAAUGCACAUGAAAAGAAGGAGGACGAUGGUGUAGACCAAAAUGGACAAACCAAUACAGAAAGAACGAACACGAAAAAGCAUAAAUCCUCAACAGAUGAACCACCAACUGGGCGGAAAAAAAAAAAAAAGAAAAAAAAAAUUUAA